AUGUCACAACUUCCAUCAUCGUCAUUCUUAGAUAUUGUUCCAAAAGCCUUAAGUCAAGAGAUAUUUGCACGGUCUGUCAACCAUUUGCCUUCCAACUCUGUUUAUUAUGUACAACAGACUUCCAAAAUGACAGGAGUCAAGAAAUGGAAAUCUCGGCCUUCCACGUCUUCUACACCCUCUAUCAACUUGCAAUCAUCAUCCAUCUCCUCUGUUUACUGUCAGUUGUGUGACAAAGAGGGACAUCUGACCAAACAUUGUCGGAGCUUCUUGAAACUCAAGAAGAAACAAUCAACUUACCUUGCUAAAACUUUUUCUGCUUGCUCCAUUCAAGAACUGCAAAACCCUGAGUGGUUCCCCGACUCUGGUGCAACCUCUCAUAUGACAAAUAAUCCUGCCAACUUGGAUGAUCUGGCUAUCUACUUUGGUAAUGAAAGGGUGAUGGUUGGUAAUGGUCAGUCUCUACCUAUUUCUCACAUUGGUUUUGUUUCCACAGUUGCUCCUUACAGUUCCAUUCCUUUGUUUAAUGUCUUGGUUGUUCCUGGCAUUAAGAAAAAUCUUAUUUCUAUCACAUGUUCUUACACUCCCAGUCAAAAUGGUGUUGCUGAACGUAAACACCAUCAUGUCACAGAAACCGAUCUUACCCUUAUGUUUCAUGCCUAUAUGCCAGUUUUAUUAUGGGUCGAAGCCUUCUCUACUGCUGUUUUUCUCAUUAAUCGACUCUCAUUACCGUUCUUAGAUGGCAAAACUCCUUAUGAAAUCUUGUUUGGUAAGUCACCUGAUUACUCUAUGCUUCGUACUUUUGGUCUAAUACUGACUAUACCUGUUUUUCUGAUUGUGCGGACUAUGUUCCCAAUCCUUCUCAUGAUGAUUUUUGUUCCUAUUUCUGCAGCGUCUCUCCCUGCCACUACACCUUUGGAUUUCAAGGUUCCUUCUCCUAUGUCUUCACCUUCUCCUGUGCCUGCCAACCAUCAUCAUAUGAUUACUAGGGGGAAAGAUGGUAUUUUCAAACCACAAUCCCAUCAUACAGUGACUGUUUUGUCUUCUAAUCAGUUCUUUCAAGCUCUUCUUGUUACCAAAGAGCCUAAGGGUUUUAAGUCUGCUGCAAAACAUCUUAAAUGGCUUUUAGCCAUGGAUGACAAGAUUCUUACUUUAAAGAGAAAUGAUACUUGGACUUUUAUUCCUUGGCCUCCAUCUUAUAAUGUUGUUGACUAUCGCUGGAUCUUCAAAGUUAAACCUUGUCUGGAUGGGUCUACUGAACUACAUAAAGCAUGCCUUGUGGCUCAAGGUUUCUCUCAGGUUCCUGGUCUUGACUUUGGCGACACCUUCAGUCCUGUGGUUCGUCGUACUACAGUCCGACUCAUAUUAUCAUUAGCAAUUGCUUCUGGAUGGCGUUUACAUCGGUUAGAUGUCAACAACGCUUUUCUUCAUGGUUUUCUCAAUGAAGAACUUGGGACUGUGUACUUACUUUUGUAUGUUGAUGACAUAGUGCUCACUAGCAGUAGUUCUUCAUUGAUUCACACCUUCAUUACUCGGCUUUCCAAGGAAUUUUCCAUGAAAGAUUUGGGUGAUCUUCAUUAUUUUCUUAGGGUGGAAGUUAAACCUAAUGAAAAGGCUGAAAGGCAGUUGUUCUCUGAUCCCACUCUAUUCCGCUCUCUAGCCGGUGCUCUUCAAUACUUAACCAUCACCAGGCCAGAUUUAUCAUUUUAUGUUAAUUCUAUUUGUCAAUUUAUGCAUACUCCCACCGAGGAUUAUUUUCGUGCUCUCAAAUGUAUUUUACGUUAUGUUAAAAGCAUAGUUCAUCAUGGAUUUCAGCUAUAUAAAGUAUACACUCAUAAACUUCUUGCUUAUUCUGAUGCGGACUGGGCUGGUUGCCCUGAUACACUUCGCUCUACUACCCGUUAUGUUAUUUUCCUUGGAGCUAAUUUAAUCUCUUGGUCCUCUAAGAAACAAAGCACUGUCUCUCGUUUAAGUGCAAAAGCCGAAUAUCGCUCCUUAGCUGUCGCCACUGCUUAUGUUGUAUGGCUCACUCAACUACUUCGAGAUCUUCAGGUUCCACUUCCAUCUCCACCCUACAUUCUUUGUGAUAAUCAAAGUGCAAUAUUUAUGGCUAUCAAUCAUGUUACUCGCCCUCAGUCAAAACACAUUAUCAUUGACUAUCACUUUAUUCGAGAACUUAUUGCUAAUGGCUCUGUGAAAAUAGGCUUUGUUCCUUCCCAUCUGCAGCUCGCUGAUUCGCUUAUUGAAGGAGUCACCAAGCCUCAGUUUUUUCUCUUUCGAAGCAAGCUUAGUGUUCUCCCUUCUCCCACAUUCAGCUUGCAAGGGGUUCCUAUUUUUGCAGUGUCUCUCCCUGCCACUACACCUUUGGAUUCCAAGGUUCCUUCUCCUAUGUCUUCACCUUCUCCUCUGCCUGCCAACCAUCAUCAUAUGAUUACUAGGGGGAAAGCUGGCAUUUUCAAACCACAGUCCCAUCAUGUAUUGACUAUUUUGUCUUCUAAUCAGUUCUUUCAAGCUCUUCUUGUUACUAAAGAGCCUAAGGGUUUUAAGUCUGCUGCAAAACAUCCUAAAUGGUUUUUAGCCAUGGAUGACAAGAUUCUUGCUUUAAAGAGAAAUAAUACUUGGACUUUUGUUCCUUGGCCUCCAUCUUAUAAUGUUGUUGACUAUCGUUGUCCGGAUGGGUCUACUGAACGACAUAAAGCAUGCCUUGUGGCUCAAGAUUUCUCUCAGGUUCCUGGUCUUGACUUUGGCGACACCUUCAGUCCCGUGGUUCGUCCUACUACAGUCCGACUCAUAUUAUCAUUAGCAAUUGCUUCUGGAUGGCGUUUACAUCAGUUAGAUGUCAACAAUGCUUUUCUUCAUGGUUUUCUCAAUGAAGAAGUAUACAUGGAACAACCGCUGGGUUACAUUGAUCCCCUAUUCUCUCAGCAUUUCUAUCACUUAAAGCGUGCUCUGUAUGGCCUGAAACAAGCUCUCUGCACUUGGUUCCAUUGCUUCGACUCUUUCUUACAUACCCUUGGUUUUCACUCCAGUCUGGCUGAUUCUUCAUUAUUUGUUUAUCAUUCUAAGCUUGGGACUGUGUACUUACUUUUGUAUGUUGAUGACAUAGUGCUCACUAGCAGUAGUUCUUCAUUGAUUCACACCUUCAUUACUCGGCUUUCCAAGGAAUUUUCCAUGAAAGAUUUGGGUGAUCUUCAUUAUUUUCUUAAGGUGGAAGUUCAACCUAACGAAAAGGCUGAAAGGCAGUUGUUCUCUGAUCCCACUCUAUUCCGCUCUCUAGCCGGUGCUCUUCAAUACUUAACCAUCACCAGGCCAGAUUUAUUGUUUUAUGUUAAUUCUAUUUGUCAAUUUAUGCAUACUCCCAUCGAGGAUUAUUUUCGUGCUCUCAAAUGUAUUUUACGCUAUGUUAAAAGCAUAGUUCAUCAUGGACUUCAGCUGCAUAAAGUAUACACUCAUAAACUUCUUGCUUAUUCUGAUGCGGACUGGGCUGGUUGCCCUGAUACACUUCGCUCUACUACCCGUUAUGUUAUUUUCCUUGGAGCUAAUUUAAUCUCUUGGUCCUCUAAGAAACAAAGCACUGUCUCUCGUUUAAGUGCAAAAGCCGAAUAUCGCUCCUUAGCUGUCGCCACUGCUUAUGUUGUAUGGCUCACUCAACUACUUCGAGAUCUUCAGGUUCCACUUCCAUCUCCACCCUACAUUCUUUGUGAUAAUCAAAGUGCAAUAUUUAUGGCUAUCAAUCAUGUUACUCGCCCUCAGUCAAAACACAUUAUCAUUGACUAUCACUUUAUUCGAGAACUUAUCGCUAAUGGCUCUGUGAAAAUAGACUUUGUUCCCUCCCAUCUGCAACUCGCUGAUUCGCUUAUUGAAGGAGUCAUCAAGCCUCAGUUUUUUCUCUUUCGAAGCAAGCUUAGUGUUCUCCCUUCUCCCACAUUCAGCUUGCAAGGGGUGAUAAGGGAGAAUCUCAUGAUUCUCCAUAAUAUACGCUGCAAUCCCUUUUGUUACUAUAAUAUUGCUAAUGUAUAG